AUGACUACGAUCCUGUGUGAUUGCGAAGCCAUCAUUAACUCACGUCCUCUAGGAUACUUAGGAGACGAUCCGACGCAAUUGAAGCCUCUGACACCGAUGCAUUUUUUGCAAGAAAUUUCGCAAAAUGAAGUACCUGAUUUGGACAGGUUGGAAGUUAAUUUGAAUAAACGAAUGCGAUAUCGCCAAAGUUUGCGAAAUGACUUACGUAAACGCUUUCGUUCCGAGUACCUGGGUCAGUUAUCUCGCAGAAACAAAAACAACAGUACUCUAAUAAAAGAAGGAGAUAUUGUGCUGUUAGGUCAAGAUAAUUUGAAACGUUUAGACUGGCCAUUAGCUCGGGUGAUUAAGGUGUUCCCAGGCAAGGAUUGCGUUGUACGAGUAGUCAAAGUAAAGACUGCAUCCGGAGAGGUGGUGCGACCAGUUCAACGGCUGUAUCCACUGGAGAUAUGUACAAAUACAGCAAGGGCGACUGAACAAAGUACGGAUACAACCGAGCGAAUCCAAGAUGUGGAACAGGACACAAUCGAGCGAAUUAAGGAUAUGGAGCAGCAACCUGCCACGCUAGACACUGUAAAAGAAGUCCGAACCAGGAGUAGUAGACAUGUAAAGACUCCAAAGAAAUUCGAAUUUUAA